UGGUAAAUGAUCAAAGUGAAAUUUAUUUUCAAACUGAACAGUUCAUCUAAAAAAGUGCAAAAAUGAAGUUCUUCGUUGCUUUUACCGCUGUCUGUGCCAUAAUCGUCUGUACCACGGCUAUUCCUCAUGGACACCAGCUAGGACACCAAAAACAUGGACACCAAAUAGGACACCAACAAGGACACCCGCAAGGACAAUACACACCGAAUGUUCAUCAACAACCAAUUCAGCAUCAAAAACAACUCAGUUCAUCACAAUCAAAUGCUCAAUCGGAAACCCAAACAAACACAAAUAGUGGAUAUGGUGGAUAUGGUGGAUAUGGUGGACAUGGUGGAUUAUCGUCAAUUUCAAAUUCUCAAACAUCAUCUAUUUCACAAAGCAGCAAUAGUAAUUACGGUGGUCUAGACGGUAGUUUCGGUUCAUCUAACUCGGGUGCAUUAGCAACCAGCAAUAACAACUUUGGUCCAGGCGGUUUCGGUUCAUCUGGUGCAAACGCGCAAUCAAACGCAAAUGCUCAAUCAUUCAACGAAUUUAUGUCCGGAUAGAUCAUUCUCACUUUGAGAUUCUAUGACAUAUGCUAAUAAUGUAGCCAGUUGUAAAGAAAUUCUAACCUUUGAAAUAACAAUAAAAGAAAAAUUGAGUAGACAAAAAUAGUCAAAAUA